UGAAAAUGCCGACACGAAGCCAAGAAAGACAACAAGGAAGCACUUACUAAGUACUAAAGCAGCAUAGCUACACUCCCUCUUGUAUAAGCUCAAGCUUGCAUCUUUGCUCAUACAUUACUAGAGCAGCUCCUUCUGCUCCCUCAGUCAAAACGUUCUCCACCAGGCUCGCUUCGGCGCACAAUCAGCACAACUCUAAGCGGACCGGCUCCGGCGUAGAGAUAGACCAAGUGCUUCACUUCUAAAAAGACUUGUAUGCCAUCCUCCAGCAAAGCUGCUUAUCAUCCGUUAUCAACCAUGCCAAACGAAUCUACAACAACGCUCGAGGAUCAACCUGAUCUCAAGCACAGAGACCCGCUGCACGCAUCUAAUCUCGAGCUGCGCAAACCGUCAUCUCUCUCCUCCCAACCAAGUUUUGAUACCACUGUCACAUAUGGUCGAAGCGGAAUCGCAGGCAUCUUUAGCAACAAGUACGUUGUAUUGUGCUGUGGCCUUGCCAGCAUAGGCGGUCUCAUCUUUGGUUGCGAUCAAGGAUUGGUUGCCAUCAUCCUAACUCUACCCAUCUUCAAGAAACGCUUUCAUGAAAUUGACAGCGCUGUGGACGGUCACGCUGCCUUCAACAAGGGUUUGUUGACGGCAUUGAUUGAGCUUGGCGCUCUUCUUGGUGCAGCCAACCAAGGUUGGAUCGCCGACAAAUACUCCCGUCGCUAUUCUAUGUUGAUUGCCAUUGUCUGGUUUGUCAUUGGCAGCAUCAUCCAGACUGCUGCGAUUGACUAUGCCAUGCUCGCUGCUGGUCGUUUCUUGGGCGGUAUUGCAAUUGGCAUGCUAUCUAUGGUCGCACCACUCUAUAUGAGUGAAAUCGCUCCACCGGAGAUUCGUGGAAUCUUACUCGUGCUUGAAGAAUGGUCUAUCGUAUUUGGUAUUGUUCUCGCGUAUUGGGUCACGUAUGGCACACGGCUUUUGGGUGGCGGACUGUCGGAGUGGACGUACCGACUUCCAUUUUUGCUACAAAUUGUGCCAGCAAUCGUGCUGGGUUGCGGCAUUAUCUUCUUGCCAUUCAGUCCUCGCUGGCUCGCAUCGAAGGGCAGGGAUGAAGAAUCUCUCGUUGCACUCUGCAAGCUGCGUCAACUUCCCUCAGAUGAUCCACGAGUCCGUCUUGAAUGGACACAAAUCAGAGCAGAAGUGGCAUUCCAGCAAGAAACGCAGGCAGAGCGGCAUCCAAACCUUCAAGGUUCCGGCAAGCUCAAUGCACUUCGACGAGAAUUGGCAAUGUGGGCAGACUGCUUCCGUCGUGGCUAUUGGCGUCGAUCCAUGGUUGGCAUGGGACUCAUGUUUUUCCAACAAAUGGUGGGAAUCAAUGCGCUCAUCUACUAUGGACCUACCUUGUUUGAAUCGCUUGGCCUCUCCUAUGAGAUGCAAUUGUCUAUGGCUGGUGUCAUGAAUGUAUGUCAAUUAAUUGGUGUCACAGGCUCCAUCUUCUUUAUUGAUAAUGUUGGCCGUCGACCUAUGCUGAUGCUUGGCUCUGCUGCUACCUGCGCUUCUCAAGUCGUCGUCGCGGUCCUCGUUGCUUUGUAUCACGACAAGUGGCCUGCAAAUGAGGCUAAAGCUUGGGGUGGUGUGGCUGCAAUUUUCUUCUACAUGGUCGCAUUCGGUCUCACACUCGGUCCUAUUCCUUGGGCUAUGCCGUCGGAGAUUCAAUCGAGUUCUUUGCGAGCCAAAGGUGUGGCUCUCGCGACUUGCUCAAAUUGGUUCUGGAACUUCGUUAUUGGUUUGAUUACACCACCCUUGAUUGACGGCACAGGCUACGGUGCCUAUGUCUUCUUCGGGGCUUUUUGCUUUCUCUGUGGCAUUUGGGUCUACUUUUUCGUUCCCGAAACAGCAGGACGCAGCUUGGAAGAAAUGGACAAGGUCUUUGGCGACUCGGCAGGCACGCAAGAGGAGGAACGUCGGCGAACGAUACUGGCUGAGAUGGUGCGACAAGAUGGACAACCUUCAGUUUAAGUAGAACACUCCAGCACGAUUUUCUAUACGUGUAUGAAUCGCAGCAUAUCAAGACGUCC